AUGGUAGUGACCCAUGGUAGUGACGUAGUAAAAGACCCCUCCUCCUUAGACCCUUCCUCCUUAGACCCCUCUGCCUUAGACCCUUCCUCCUUAGACCCUUCCUCCUUAGACCCCUUCUCCUUAGACCCUUCCUCCUUAGACCCCUCUGCCUUAGACCCUUCCUCCUUAGACCCUUCCUCCUUAGACCCCUUCUCCUUAGACCCUUCCUCCUUAGACCCCUUCUCCUUAGACCCUUCCUCCUUAGACCCCUUCUCCUUAGACCCUUCCUCCUUAGACCCCUUCUCCUUAGACUCUUCCUCCUUAGACCCUUCCUCCUUAGACCCCUCCCCUUAG